UUGGUCUUCAAACACACACUUCACCUGUCUCCUGACUAUUCCCCGUACUGUGUCGUUCUCGGGUCACAUUCUUGGCCGCGAAGUACUACUUGCUUCGAUCCGCACUUGGGCAAGAUUUAUACCGCAGGAACGUCCAACCCCGACGAUCGGCGAUCGACUCACCAGCCGCAAUUACCGCUGGCAAUACGCUCACACACACUCACAGACAUACACUGACGCCAUCACCAACCCAAUCGCUGCUCAAAGACGAGAAAUGCUUGCGUCAACGCCGUCCACAUCAUCCCAGCGCCGCCUGCUGAUGCCGGCAGCGGCGCUCGUCGGGCUCAUUCUCUCCACUGCCGGCGUGCUCCCCGCGCUGGCCGGCGAAAAGGAGGCUCUCCUCAACCUCAAGUCCGUCUUAGCCGCCAGUUUCCUCACCUCGUGGGACGUCGCCCAGCCGCUCUGCCCGGGGACUUGGCAGGGCGUCGCGUGCGACUCCAGCAACCACGUUUCGUCGCUCGUGCUGUCGCCAUGCGCGCCGUCGACCCCGUCGCCCAUGCUCGAGGGCCCCUUGGCGGACGCGACGGGCUUCUCCGAACUCAGCGAGCUCUUGGCUCUCGACCUGUCGUGCAACCGCUUCUCCAAGAGCAUGCCCAGCGCGCUCACGACGCUCUCGAAGCUCACGCUGCUGAACCUCGCGAGGGACAACGACUUCGAAGGGCCCAUUCCCGACGGGCUCCUCGCAAUGCCCGCCCUCGCGUACCUCGACCUCUCCGACACCAACCUCACGGGACGCCUGCCCACGGCGGCGGGGUCGUACACGCCCACGCUCUCGCACCUGGACCUGUCGUACAACGACCUCACGUUCGACCUGCCGUGGGAAAUGAGCGCGCUGUCGAACCUGCAGUACCUCAACGUGCGUGCCAACCGCUUCAACAACUCCGACACGCCCAUCUCCGCGUUUUCCUACAUGACCCGCCUCACCUUCCUCGACAUUUCUGAUAAUCUUCUCACGUGCGACCUGCCGUCGGGGGUUGGGCUCAGCGUGCCGGGCCUCGUGCACCUGGCGGCCGGCAGCAACCGGCUGGACGGCAGCAUACCGGCGUCUUUCACACACCUGACGGCGCUCACGUUCCUCGACGUGGGGUACAACGCGCUAACGGGCUCCAUCCCGUACUCGCUACUGAGUCUCCCGCACCUCGUUGAAGCGCACCUGGGGCACAACUCCUUCGGAGCGAGGUUCCCCGCGCGCAUGCCCACGCCCACGCUGCGCUUCUUGGAUGUCGGGUGGAACGAGCUGAGCGGCGCGCUUCCGACUCUCAUCAUCCGCAGCACGGGCCUCCUGCACCUGGACCUCAGCCACAACCACUUCACGGGGACCAUCCCCCCCGAGUGGCGCAAGCUCGUCAAUCUCCGCCACAUCGACGUGGGCUUUAACGACCUCAGGGGGUCGAUCCCCGGCGCGUUCCAGGCGCUGACGAACCUGGAGGCGUUCUAUGCGCCGCACAACCGGCUGUCGGGCGCGUCGAUCGGCGCGUUCGGCGUGCGCGACCACGAGACGCGCUUCUACCUGGACCUCAGCUACAACCACAUGGGCGGCACGCUGCGGCGGCUCGGCGCGCUGUACAGCUUCGUGGACCUGAACCUCGCGCACAACUACCUCCGCGGAUCCGUGCCCCGCCGCAUGUUCCAAGGGGUCAAACUGGCGGCCCUAGACCUGAGCUAUAACAGACUAUGGGGCGUGAUGGACGCUUUCACGGCGCUGACGAACCUGACGAGCUUGAACCUGGCGGGGAAUAAGCUCUCGGGCACCAUUCCCACCAAGAUGAGCAACUUGAACAAGCUGCAGCGCCUCGUGCUCGCGCACAACGCGCUGUCCGGGAGCGUGCCCGAGUCCGUGACGUCCAGCAGCCGGCUGGUGAAGCUGGACCUCAGCAGCAACGCCUUGUCUGGCAAGCUUCCGCAGAUCAACCACUGCCCGGAGGAGCUGAACCUAGCGAACAACAUCUUCACGGACAUGCUUCCCGACAUCGGCUCCUGUGCCGCCAGCGCGGAGCGCAUCGACUUCUCCAACAACCAGCUCACGGGCAGCAUCCCCACUGUCAUCGCGCACUUCUCGUACCUGAGCCACCUCUCCUUCUCCCGCAACCUCAUGAACGGCACCAUCCCUGAGGAAUUCUCUGCGCUGCGCAGCCUGCGCGUGCUGGACCUGUCGUGGAACCAGUUCAAGGGGUCCAUCCCGAGCGGGCUGGGGCUGUCUGAGGCUCUGCAGCAGGUGUUUCUGGCGGGGAACCAGCUGGACGGGACGAUACCUGAUGGCAUGGCGGCUUUUUCCAUGGCGACGUUUGAGCCUGGGAACGACUUCCUGUGUGGAGAGCCUGUGAAACAGUGCAUCAUUUGAGGUGCUUCCCAGCAGGCCUCUGUUCCUAGCCCAGGGUUCUUACUUCGAUACUUGGGGCGAGCUGUAGGUAGGUAGGUUAGUAUGUUACUUGCAGUCAAACUGUAGAUUGAGAUCAACAUUUGGAUACGCAGUGGAUCCUUCUUGUAUAGUCAAUACGUAGCAUGAGGGAAGUGUAGAAGGGAGAGAAUCGUAACUCGUGGAGUGGAGACGAGAAAUGCCCCAUUUACCACGUUCUGAUGAGUCACAUGUUGCUUGGUAAUUGGAACUUGGUGGUGAUGUGCUGUCAUUCUUCUUGGUGCUCAGGAGGAGCACCGUUGUUUGUUACGCUGAGCUGAGCAGCAGCACAUCUGGUGGCAUGCAUCACGAUGCUGUACAACUGUCCUCUCAACGCCUCAUCACAGAAAUG